AUGCAGGAACUCCGGACUGCUCUCUCCCCAGAGAGACUCACAGACCGUGGUUUGAUGCAAAAGCGAGAGGCAGUUUAUUCCGAUCGCGAUGGGGGUCCCCACUCCAAAGCAGGAGACGACCCCAAACAUACAAAGCACAGUGUUUUUAUCUCAGCACCAGACAAACAACAACGACAAACAAUAACGCUGUCCCCAAAUAAGAAUAUUGAGGUCCUCUGCUUUGUUUUCUUUUUCUUUUGCUACAUUGCUAUUUGGUUGGGCAAUGAACUCAUAAUGGUUUCUAUAACAUGCACACAGCUCAUUGACCAACCCAUGUAUUUCUUCCUCAACUAUCUCUCACUCUCUGACCUCUGCUACACAUCCACGGUGACCCCUAAAUUAAUGACUGACUUACUGGCAGAAAGAAAAGUCAUUUCAUAUAAUAAUUGCACGACACAGCUCUUCACAACUCACUUAUUUGGAGGAAUUGAAAUCUUUAGUCUCACAGGGAUGGAUGACCGGUAUGUGUCUCUCUGCAGACCCCUGCAUUACAACGUCAUCAUGAGCAGGCAUAGGUGUAAUAUAAUCAUCCUGACUUGUUGUACUGGGGGAUCUGUGCACUCAGCCAGGCAGGUUCUUCUCACUGUCUUCUUACCAUUUUGUGGCCCAAAUGAGAUAGAUCAUUAUUUCUGUGAUAGAUUAUUCUUUGUGAAACUGGGUUGUUCCGAUACACACAUAAUAGGACUCUUAGUUAUUGCCAACUAUGGCCUAAUUGCUUUGGUGACUUUUGUUGUUUUGAUGCUGUCUUAUUUUUUCAUAUUAUAUACUAUAAGGCUGUACUCUGCAGAAAGCCAGAGCAAAGCUCUUUCUACUUGGAGUUCCCACUUAAUGGUUGUAGUCCUGUUUUUUGCACCUGCGCUAUUCAUUUACAUCAGACCAGCCACCACAUUCCCAGAAGACAAAGUAUUUGCUCUUUUCUACACCAUCAUAGCUCCCAUGUUCAACCCUCUGAUCUAUACACUGAGAAACACAGAGAUGAAGAAUGCACUACAGAAAGUUUGGAGUUAUCGAGUGCUUCUAAAACGGAGGUAA